GUAAUCGAUGGAAUAACAGCCGUUAGGGAGGUGGUGACUCGAUGUUUCAACCUUGGAAGGCCUACCUCGUCUCUGACGAAAUAUCUCCAGAAUGGGGGGUUAACCCCUUUUCCUCCGAUUAUUCUGCCUCGGUCGACCGCAAUAUUCGCUCGAAGUCUCGCACGCACGCAUCUCUCUCAUAACUCGUAGGCCUCGGAAUUUGUUUGCGUACUAAACUAAUAACGCAUGAAGUGACCGUCGAUGAAAAGUAAGAGGGGAAGUUAAACAGUGGAGUGUUUACAUCUAUUUAACAUGUUUUGUUUAAAAUGGAUUUUAUUUUUUUGCGUGUUCGAAAUCUCAACCGGGCAGUUUCAAUCCGUGCUGAAUUAUUACAGGGAGAUAUUGAAUAUACCCCAAGGGGCGACGAGGGACACGGACGUCUUCAAGAAAGAGUACGAUUUCAUAGUUGUUGGGGCCGGGUCGGGCGGUAGCGUCGUAGCGAAUCGAUUGACCGAAGUCGGCAACUGGUCCGUCUUGCUUUUGGAAGCCGGGAAGGAGGAGAUUCUCAUAACGGACAUACCACUCCUCGUAUCUUACAUUUUGGGGACGGAGUUUAACUGGGGGUACACCACAGAGCCCCAACAGUUCGGCUGUCUCAGCAUGAACUCGGGCCGGUGCAACUGGCCCCGUGGAAAAGCCAUGGGGGGCACGAGUGUGAUCAACUAUAUGGUUUACACGAGAGGAUUCAAGGAGGAUUACGACAAUUGGGCCUCCUUGGGAAACACGGGCUGGGGAUACAAAGACGUGUUUAAAUAUUUUCUUAAAUCAGAAAACAUUCGAGUUCCCGGCUUGGAAAAGUCCCGGUUCCAUAAGAAGGGCGGUUACGCGAACGUCGAGAGGCCGUCCUGGAGAACGCCCUUGGCGAAGAGUUUCAUGGAAAGCGGCGAAUCCCUCGGCUACCCGACUGGAGACAACGACGGCCUCACACCUCCCGGAUUCUCCUACGUACUGACGACGACGAAGCGAGGCGCCCGCGAAAGCGCGUCGAAAGCUUUCCUCCGUCCGAUCAGAAACAGGCCCAACUUGCACGUGGUGAAAAAAGCCAGAGCCACGAAAAUCCUAAUCGACCCGACAUCCAAAAAAACCUACGGGGUGGAGUUCGUCAAAAACAGAAAAUAUUACAAAGUAAAGGCCAGUAAAGAAGUCAUAGUCUCAGCUGGAUCUCUCAACACCCCGCAGCUGCUCAUGCUGUCGGGAAUCGGACCGAAAUCCCACCUAGAAGAACUAAACAUUCCGGUUUUAAAAGACUCCAAAGUGGGUCACAAUUUGCAAGACCACGUAUCCAUGGCCGGACUGGCUUUUCUGGUAAACGACACCGUUUCUAUAGUCGAGAACCGGUAUAUGAACCCGAGGUACGUCUUGGAUUAUUGGGUGAGAGGAGAAGGUCCCUACACCCUCCCAGGGGGUGCGGAAGCCGUGGCUUUCGUAUCGACGAAAAACAAUCCGAACAAGACCCAUCCGGACAUGGAAUUAGUUUUCGGACCGGGGGCUUUCACCGGCGACACAGGCGGUUCCAUCCGUAUGAGUUACGCGAUGAACGAAACCUUCUUCGACCGGGUUUAUCGCCGUUACCAAGGAAAAGACGCGUUCAACGUCGUCCCCGUCCUCUUGAGGCCUUACAGCAGAGGUUAUUUGAGACUCAGGUCCAAGAAUCCCUUCCAUUGGCCCUUGUUCUACCCCAACUAUUACACGGAUCCCAGAGACAUCGACGCGAUGGUCGACGGAAUCAAAAAGGCUCUCGAGAUAGGACUGAGCAAGCCAUUUCAAAAAUUCAACAGUAAACUUAUCGAUUCCAAGUUCCCUGGAUGUGAACAUCUAGAGUAUAUGAGCGACGAGUAUUGGGGUUGCUGUGCGAUGCAUUUGACAACCAACCUCCAUCACCAAGUCGGCACGUGCAAAAUGGGCCCGAACAACGAUCCAGAUGCUGUCGUGGAUCCUCAACUGAGAGUGUAUGGUGUGCAAGGACUGAGAGUGGUCGAUGGAUCAAUCAUGCCUGUGAUUCCAGCUUCUCAUACGCAUGCAGUUAUUUAUAUGAUAGCUGAAAAAGCGUCAGAUAUGAUCAAACAAGCUUGGAGGGGGAAAUAGAUUUUCUGAUUGUACAAUUAAACACAUUUUUAAGUGUUUAAUGAGACAAAUAUUAACCAAAGCCAUUUACUUUUUUCUUUAAAGUUAUAUUUGUAAAUAUUUAGUUUUUGUUAGAAAAUAUAUACUAUGUGGAUGUGUUACCAUAUUUUAAGGUAUUAAAGAAAGUUAAGUUAUUUUAAUAGUUAUGUUUUUAGACAGUUUAGAAAGUGUACUGAAAUAUUCCAAA